AUGGGUUUGGGUCCUUAUCUAUUAGAUUUGUGUGGAGCUAAUGGACCUAGAGUUACAGGAAUCAGCCGGUUCGCUUCAGUGGCAGCGGUGAUCAGAAACGGAGAAUGGAGGCUUCCUCGAGGGAGGCAUUCGAUCAAUGUUCUUCUAAGAGCUGCUCUUCCUCCUGCACCGGUUAUAUCUUCCAUGACCCCUAACGUCUUUGCCUGGAGGGAUCCGGUAAAAGGGGAUUCGGGAGUUUUCUCAUCUUCGCAAACUUGGCUGGCUCUGCAUUCGCUCGGAGUCCCUGGUCCUUGGGCUGAUGCAGUUUGGUUUCCACAGAUUAUUCAUAAGCAUGCUUUUAUUCAUUGGAUUGCUGCUCGAGAUAGACUCCCAACUAGAGACAGGCUUCGUAGUUGGGGAUUAGAUGUUCAUGGUGUUUGUCUUCUGUGCAAUUCCUCGAUGGAAUCAAGGGCUCAUUUGUUCUUCCUUUGUCCUUUUGGUCAGGAAGUGUGGAACUCUUUCUUCGUUCACUCUCUGAUUAUCAAUCCUCCGGACUUCGAAUCAGCCCAGCUGUGGGUCAUUACAGCUUACUCAGAUCGGAAGGUGAGAGUGAUUACUAAACUUCUUCUGCAAGCCACUAUCAAUGAAGUAUGGAGAGAAAGAAACUCCAGAUUACACAGAGCCAUGACCAAGCCUGCGGCUCAGGUAAUUAGGGAGAUUCAAGCUCUUAUUCAAAGGAAACUUUAUGUCCUUGAUAUGAAAGAUCGGGAUGUGAACUCCUCCACUACCUCAAACGACACCUACCUCUCCACUUGGUUCGGCUGUUUUCAGCGUUGA